CGACUGUAACCAUAGAAGAUAGGAGAAGUACGAAAAAUAAACAAAGAUCACAGAGACUCCAUAGCCGGUGGGAGAGAAGGAGAAGAGAAGAAGAAGAAGCACAGGGAGGGGGAGACUGAAGAGAGAUAUGACAAUGGACAGAGAGAAGGAGAGAGAGGUUGAGCUAGAGAGCGCAAUGUACACAAACUGCUUGUUACUAGGGCUCGAUCCAUCCAUUAUUGGCGUCGGAAGCAACAAUGGUACCCCUCGAGUCGGUCUUUUUCGCCAUUCAAACCCGAAGUUGGGUGAACAGCUUCUUUACUUCAUAUUAUCUUCCCUUAGAGGUCCAAUUCAAUCUGCAAAGGAUUUUGAUAGGGUUUGGCCGAUCUUCGAUUCUGCACAGUCUCGCGACUUCCGGAAGGUUGUCCAGGGGAUCAUAAACGAGCUCGAAUCGCAAGGGGCACUCCCGAGAAGCAAUUCAAGGGUUUCCUCCCUCGCGACUUGCUGCGGGCCGAGAUUUGUUGAACUUCUAUGGCAACUUUCUUUGCAUGCUUUACGAGAGGUUCACAGAAGAAGUUUUGCAGCUGACGUAGCUUCUAACCCUCUGCCUGCUUCAUUGACAGAUGUAGCAUUUUCGCAUGCAGCUACAUUACUUCCUGUGACGAAGGCUAGGAUAGCACUUGAACGAAGGAAGUUUCUUAAGAAUGCAGAAACAGCUGUCCAUAGACAAACCAUGUGGUCAAACCUAGCUCAUGAAAUGACUGCCGAGUUUCGUGGUCUUUGUGCUGAAGAGGCUUAUUUGCAGCAAGAGCUGGAAAAACUACAGGACUUGAGAAAUAAAGCGAAGUCGGACGGAGAACUAUGGGAUGACUCUGUCUCUAGCACCUUGGGUCAGAACUCACAUUUAGUUUCCAAGGCAACUCACUUGUGGGAGUCCUUAUUAGCUCGUAAGAGUCAACAUGAAGUUCUUGCUUCAGGCCCAAUUGAGGAUUUGAUUGCCCAUCGUGAGCAUAGGUACCGCAUUUCUGGGUCAUCCUUGCUUGCUGCUAUGGAUCAAAGUUCUCAGUUUCCAUAUCCAGAUGUAUCAUCCGGUCGGCCUGGCAAUCUUACUUCAACACAAACAGGUGAUAGGGAACCGGUAGAUGGAUCAUUUCCCAACAUAAAUGGAGAAAAACAGGAUAGCAGCUCAGAUUCAACUCGCUUACAAGUUUAUGAAGAAAUACAUCCUAGGGUGGAUGAUAGAAAUGGAAGGGUCCACCCCACUGUUGACAUAGCGGAAAUUCUCAGACGUUGGACACAUGCUCUACAACGCAUUCAUAAGCAGUCGCUUUAUCUGGCAAAGGCUAAUGAUGGGGAGGGUCCAGAGCUUUUAAGAAGUGCACAUGAUGGUGGUAAUGGUGGCCAUGCUGAAUCCUUAGCAGCAACCCUUUCUGAACAUCGGCAGCAUUUAGCUAGCAUACAGGUGCUCAUUAAUCAACUGAAGGAAGUUGCCCCAUCAAUAAAGAAAUCAAUUUCAGAGCUAACUGAAGAAGUAAACAAUAUUUCAUCUACUCUUCCUCCGAUGAUCAAAAAUCGCGGCGGCCAAUCUAUCUCACCUAUCCAAGCUCAAAGUAGUGGAAGAUCUGUACAGGAAAAUGGCAUUGAUGAGGUUGCAGAGAUGACUUCAAAAUUGUCGAGUGUUCAUCUUGAUAAGGUUUCACCGAGCUCUCCAGCUUUGAAACUUCCACAUUUGUUUAGUUUGACCCCAAAUUCUUCUGUGAAAGGGGGAAAUAUCCAAAAGAGGCAAGCUUUGGUUUCUCAAGCCAGCCAGGUGGAAAAUUUUUCUGAAGGGAAAUCUCUGGAGCAGCCGCCAUCAAAGAAUCAUGUGGAUAAUUUGUCCCAAGAUGGUGACAGUUCUUAUGUCCAACACUUGAGGAGAUCUGUUCGGGAGGCUGCUCUUUCAGCACAAUCCUCCAAUAUGGACUCCACACAUGAUAAUCAAUCUGAUGGCAGCUCAGAACAUUUCUUUGUACCUCUUUCAGGGACUGGAUUUUCUUGUGUAGGCCCAGAAACCAAAUCUGUUGUAGUUAGGAGCAAAAGACUGUUUGUGUCUCCAUCAGACACCACCAGCUUACACAGGAACUCUGUAUCUGAAGGCCCUGCUAGGAUCAAUUACGAUGAUAUACAAAAUAUGCUGAAUAAUACAGAGUCACCGCAUCAGUAUGGCAGUGAAGCUAAUGGGUUCCUCUCAGUUAUUGGUUCCAAGUAUGCGACUUCUGAUGCUGAAAGGGCAUUGUUUGACAUGGAGGAUACUCGGGAUCAGGUCUUCUCACCUCCAUUGCUAAUGGAGACAUCACUCUUAGAUUCAUACGAGGACUUGCUUGCACCAUUAUCCGAAACUGACACAGCUUUAAUGGAGUGCUGAGAAAAAGUUUGGUUUGUUCGGCAGUCAUGCAGAGUGGCUAAAAUCCAAUUAUGAUUUCGUGUGUAUGGGUCGCCUGUUUUUUACACACUUGUGUUUAUUACAAUUCCUCUCCUCUCCCCCUUUUUUUUUUCCUAUAAGACUUUUACCGUUUGUAUGAUCUCCUGUGUAUUAUUUUGGUUCUCUCCAUUCCUCUAGUUACAUCUGAAAUCCAUAUGGGGAUGGCCGCCAUUCAGCAACUCACCUUGUAGUUCUCCUAGGUUGUAGAUCAAUGUGAUUAGAUUGUAAUUUUUUGUGAUCCAUCCCCUUCCUCCGGAAUGUACAAGGGAGACAUGAGGAAUACUGGAGAAGUGAAGAAUAGUAUUUUUGGGUGUGAUUCUUGAACAUUAAUGAAUUUGUUUGGUUUCUAA